AUGGCCGCCUGCGCCGACCAUUCGUCCGCUCCAGCUGUCAUCUCCCCCAGCCUCCACCACGACUGCGCAUACGACGACAGCCAGCCUCGGCGCCAUGCCGUCCUGACAAGUAUCCCCAGCGACCUCUCCUCCCAGCUCUCCGUCCCACGUGGCGCCACCAGCAGCAGCCCAACCCUACCCGAGUCGCCUGUACCACCCGCCGCGGCAGCACAAGCGGCAGCGGGAGAAACACGCAAAAUCAACCCUGCGACGACGACGGCGGCCAUUACAGCCACAACCGCCGCCACGCCCGUCCCCGUCGUCGAGCCCAUCGCCGACGGCAAUAAUCGCUGGAGCCACUGGAGCCGCUGCAGCAGCAGCAGUGCCGCCGCCAUCGACUCCCCGUCCUCGGCCGCAAAACAAACCCUCGGCCGCCUCAGAACCACUCCCACCAUAACCACCAGCAGCACCACCAGCCUUGCCAGCACGCCCACAGACAGGAAUCCCCUCAUCGCCUACCGCUUCGGCCACCCUACCCUGCCUCCAACCCCUGACCACCAGUCGCCUUCGGCCAUUCGCAAGACGUCGCCUGGCCUGGCUGCCCGACUCAAGGCGUUGGGCUUCGGCACCUCCAAAAAUCCGCCCUCGCCCCCAACCCCCCAGCACGACAACGUCGGUCGCCUCGACGAGGACCAGCUGCGUCGCCUCGACCGGAAACUCCAGGCCGCCUCCUUCAGCGCAGUCAUCGCCCGGCGCGGUCGGCCUUGGAAGGGCGCCGCCGCCCCGUCCUCGCCCCUCGACAACUCGCCCUCGCCCCUCGUCCUCGGCUCUCCGUGGCUGCCCGAGAUCCAAAAAUCGGAGCCCCUGGCCAUGGACACGCACAAGUACCGCAUGCCCGAACACACAAACGGCAAUGGAACAAAGGUGACUCUCAACACUCGCCGCGAGCACCUCCAACGCAAUGCCCGUCCUCCGUCCCCCGACGACGCCGUGCCUCCGCCGCCCCCGCCCAAAGACAACCCUACACUGGCCGUCACCCCCCCGGCUGUCAUGUCUUCCGAGGACCAUUUUGUCCCUGGCUUGAGUUCCUACUUUACCUCGGCCAACAGCCGCCCGGGCUCGAUAUACACGCUCUCCCGCGCAUCCUUCGCCAGCCAGCUCGCUCAGUUGACGUCGCUGCAGUUGCCCGACCCAGAGUCCUUGUCUAGCAAGGUCUCUGCCAUUCGCUCCGCCCAGGUCGCCGCCAAAGCUCUCAUAAACGCCGCUGAGCAGAUCCGGAGCUGGAUCUCCAAGGCACAGGAAGUCAUUGGCGGUCUCGACAGCGAGGAUGACGUCGAAUGGUCCGCCGCCGGCGGCAGAGAGGGCCUCGAGGAGGUGGAAAACGCCAUUCACCGAUUCGAGCACCUCAUCAACGUCUACGUCGGCGCAAUCGAGGAGUUGCAAGCCCGAGGCGACAUCUCCACCGUCGCCUCCGAUGACCUGAGGCGGGCCGUGACGCAAAUGGAAUCCAUCCUCGACGAGUGGGCCCAGAUCCGAGCCACGCUGCAGGUCGUCCGCACGCAGGUCGAAAUCGCCAUGGAGUGGGAGGAGCUGUGGAACAACGUGCUGGGCGACAUUCAGGGCGAAAUGGACGAGCUGAGCCGACUGGUCUUUGAGAUGGAGGAGCGCCGCCACAAGCCCGCCGUGUCAGCCGCUGCCGGCGAUGGCGUCGACAUUGGCGACCUCGAGACCAUUGUGGAGGACUCCCCCGGCGCCGCCUUACGCCAGCAAAGCUCCAAUCGCCUCAGUCUCUCGGGACUACCAAUGACCGCCAGCUCACCAGGCUCGCCGAGCCUCUCGCACGACGAUUCCAGCCUCCUCGCCCUGUUCGCCAGGAUGCAACCCCUCAGGGCCUCGCUUGACUUCCUUCCCAUGCGCCUCUCGGUGUUUGAGGCCCGGGCCGAGAGGUCCUUUCCCACGGCCUGCGAGGAGCUCCAGACGCGACGCAACAGCCUCGAUGCGGCCUACAAGAAGCUCGAGAGAGACGCCGAGUCGCUGCGCAAGGAGCUGGGCGAGGACCGCUGGGUCAUCGUCUUCCGCGGCGCUGGGCGACAGGCCCAGAAGAUGCUCGAGUCUGUCCAACGCUCUCUCAUCAAGCUCCGAGAGGCUCUAGACGCCGGCCAGUACUUGACAAACCCAGCCACCAUGACCAAGAAGAUGGAGAGCUAUGAAGCCAAGAAGACACACUACGGCCCGGCCAUUGAAAGGAUCUUGUCCAUCAUCGAAAAGGGCGUCAAGGACCGCUUCACCGUCAAUGGCGAGAUUCUGCGGCUCUUGAGCGACACGCAAUCCCGAUGGCAGACUCUCAAGUAUCAGUUGAGGGACAUGGACGCGAUCCUCGAGGAGAUCCAGGCCGACCGCAAGGGACAGCACCUGCGAGACUCGGUGUCAAGCAUGUUGUCCAACGACCGUUCCACCCUGGGCAGCGGCCACGAAACCCCGGGAAGCUCCCCGCCGUCGUCGGUAAUCAUGUCCACCCUCGGCUUUGACCCGCACACCCCGGCUCCCAAGUCCAAGGGCCGCUCCCCAAAGCCAAGCCAUAGCGCUCCUCUCCCCGGCGGCAGGAGGCGUUCAUCUCUCCCCGCGCCAACCUCCGCAGUGGGCAGGAAGACGGCGCCUCGGCUGUCGACGAUUGCCAGCUCCCCUGCCACCACGUCCGGGCCUCUCAGCAGGACGCCACGGCCUGAUUCUGCACUCGCCCAUCGCCCCCGCUGGAACGGCUCCACCAACGUCGCCAGCAUCGAUACCGGCCACAAUUUCAAGCCCAUGAGCCUGACUACGCCAAGCCCCUAUGCAAGAUCGACGCCAGGCGCUCAGCGGUCCGCCUCGUCGCUCUCGCCCCCCAGCGCUGUCACCAGGCUGCCCACUCCUCGCCGCAAUGCCUUCACUCGCGCCUCAUCAGAGUCGCCCAGCGUCAGAGACACGCCCUCGAGGACCAGCCACUCGCGCCAUUCAUUCCGUGAGAGGCUGUCGUCCCCUGGGCCCUACUCGCAGCAGACUCUGGCUAAGCCACGCUUGUUGACCAAAUGCUCCAUGUCGGCCCUGGCGACAAACCGCUCCGUCUCUCUGCAACCGUCUGUGUCGGAUCCACCCCCCGACGCGCGAUCCAUCAACCGUCCCGCCAGCUCACUUGCCUUCAUGCCUCGCCGGAGCAGCCUGCUUCCGCUACCCAAGGGUAAAAAGGAGGAAAGCAGCACGGUCCGCGCGAGCUCGCGGCUGAGUUCGGUCAGUCGCUCGGCCAGCCGCUCUAGCACGAACAAGACAACGCUCUCGGACAAGGACGGAAAGCCGAGAUGGCGGCCUUGA